UCAUUUUCUUUGCUCGUUUCAUGUAUCAAACUUUUCUCAUCUUUGAAUGAAACUUGAUGAAAACUAUUUCUCUUCAUCUUCCCACUCGCAUCAAUCGAAAGGAAAAGUCUCUCUCUUCUUAUACCUUCUUUCUUUCAACUAAACUCUCCUUUUCCUCUUUCUCUCUCCUUCUUUCUUCCUAUCAUGGUAACUUCCCUCUAUCGCCCAUCACCAAGAGCAACAACACUCAUCUAAUCAUCUUCAACUAUCAUUUAUUUCAUUCAUCAACGUCCUUCACUAAUCAACUUCGGUUUAAACCGAAUUAGUUUCAUUCUGAUUUUUAUGUUUUCCUUUUGUUUUCCAUUCACUCUCUUCCAUAUCAAACCAUGAGUUGAAUAUUCGGUUCAAUGUGAUCUUUUACCUCGUUCUUCACCUUUUAUGAAUGUGCCGAUGAUACAAAUCUAGAGUAAGAGAGAGAGAGAGAGAGAAAAAGUGAGAGAGAAAGUAUUGUAAAGCUCAAUUAACCUCAUCAUCUUCAGUCAAUAAUUACGACGUCGCUUUUAAUCAGUAAUUGGUCUCAACUAAUCCAUCGAAAUGGUCAACAAUAAUCGAAACCGUAACUUAAUCGUCGCCCAUAACACUGAGUUUGAACAAGGUGAUAAUCACCUGGAUGGUGACGAUUCUAAUGAAAUAUUUUCAUCUGUAAGAUCACCUGAUGGCUCAGAAGGAUACAUGGAAUCGGAUGAUGAUUCAGAAAUCGCCCAAUUAUCUGCUCUCCGUUGCUCCUCUAUUCAAACGGAAGUUAUCAAUGAACGAGAGCGUCGUAAAGCUGCUCGAAGUUCUGGUUAUCCUGGGCUAGCUUUUGGCCUUUCGAUGUUUACCUCUAAUGCGAUGAUGAAAUUUUCAAUUAUCUCAAAUGAGCUUCACAAUAUUCAAAAUGUUCAACUCAAACGGGCUGAAGGUGAAGUCGCCGCUCUUAACCGAAGGAUACAGCUUAUUGAAGAGGAUUUGGAAAGGUCAGAAGAGCGUUUGAAAAUCGCCACUCAAAAGCUCGAAGAAGCUUCUCAAGCAGCCGAUGAAAGUGAAAGAAUGCGAAAGAUGUUGGAACACAGAAGUGUGACCGAUGAAGAGCGAAUGGAUUCCCUUGAGAGUCAACUCAAAGAGGCCAGAAUGAUGGCCGAAGAUGCUGAUAGAAAAUACGAUGAGGUCGCUCGUAAAUUGGCCAUGGUUGAGGCUGAUCUUGAAAGAGCUGAACAAAGAGCCGAAGAAGGAGAAUCAAAAAUUGUAGAAUUGGAGGAAGAACUUAGAGUUGUUGGUAACAAUCUCAAAUCUUUAGAAGUAUCAGAAGAAAAGGCCAUGCAAAAGGAGGAAGAAUAUGAAUUACAGAUCCGUCAAAUGACACAAAAGCUUCGAGAGGCUGAGGCUCGAGCUGAGUUUGCUGAACGAUCCGUUCAAAAGUUACAAAAGGAGGUCGAUCGUCUCGAGGACGAGCUUAUCCACGAAAAGGAAAGAUACAAAGCCAUUUCCGACGAUUUGGAUAACACCUUCUUCGAGCUUACUGGUUACUAAUCUAAUUAAUUACAACUCGAUCAAUUUACACUGUGUUUACUUAAUUUUAAAUCAACAAUCAAACACAAUCGUCAAAAAAAACACCAAAUUUAAAAAGCGACAACAAAAUCUCAUAAUAAUAACAUCAAACACCAUCAACAGCAAAAUCUACAAUCAAACAAGUUAAUUGUGAACAAUUAAAUUCGAAAGAGAUGAAACCAAUUGAGUGAUGAUUGAGGAAGAUUUUUUAUCAAGACAGAAACACAAUCAAAAAUUGGUUCCAAUUAAAUUGAAUGGAAAUUAUAUUGUUACUAUUAAGUCGAGAAGAGUUUGAUUAUAAAUUGAUUUCAAACUAAUCAUCAGUUGCAUGGAUUGUUAAUCCAUUUCGGUUUCGAUCAAUUCAAACAAUUAAUCUACAAUUAAGAAAAUUUUCUUUCUCUUCUCUCUCUUUCUCUCUCUUAUGUCUUCUUUCUUUCUCUCAAAAGAUUGUAUCAAUAAAAUCGGCACAUACCUCUCUCAUUAA